AUGGCAUACGUGAGGGGUCGGCCUAUGUUUGCCGAAGUGGAAUUCCUGCCGAGUUACAUACCAUCCCUGACCCAUUACAUGGCCGUGUCUGUGAUACUGCCCAAACAAAUACGUGGUACGGGCUCAGGUGGGCCGUGGGUGUUGGGUUGGCACCAGGAGCAGUUCACUGUACCCGCGUGUAGGCUCUGUACAAACCGUAACCAGUCGUAUACCCUGCCGGUCACCAUAUACCUGCCCGAUGAUGGCUGGUGUCCACAGGGUCCGGUGCCUACGGGCUGGAAGGUUGAGGCGCUUCCACAGAAUCCAAACGACAGCGACAACACGGAUAUGAUCAUUGGCGUCAGUAUCGAUGAGCGAGCACAAAUCAUGAUAAUUAAUUCAAACACCAGCGCCCGGUGCAAGAAUGUCAACGAAUGGAUUAAUUAUACCAGUCCUGUCGUGUUUUGA